CUUGAUGAGGAAGCUAAAGUUUCUAUGGUCCGCACAACAUGGACAGUGACCUCUUUAUCCUCUACACUUCAAAUUAUCUUAUCUGAUCUUCUUGCUUUCUAAUAUCACAACCACCAAUCCACCAAAAGACCUAUGUGUUUUUCUUCCUUCUCUUUUGGCCUUUAACCAUGGAAUUAGAAGAUUCAGAACCACCAUUUCUAAAGACCUACAAGGCCCUUUUUGGGGACAUGGUGGAAGAAGAAAGAACAAAAAGGGUGCAUGAGAACAUGUUUUCUGUUGAUGAAUACGAGCUUCCUCUUGUUGAUCUCAGUGGGUUAAGUCUAGGCAACUUCGACCGAGAAGACUGUAAGAAAGCCAUUGCUGAUGCUGCAAGCCGGUGGGGGUUCUUUCAAGUUGUGAAUCAUGGAAUUUCUACAGAUAUUUUGGCGAGAAUGAAACUGGAACAAGUGAAAUUGUUCAAGCAACCAUUCUACAAGAAGGCUAAUGAGAAUGUUUUCAACUUAGCCAAGAACUGUUACAGUUGGGGAAGCCCAACUGCUACUUCUUUGAUGCAGUUCUCAUGGUCUGAAGCUUUUCACUUUCCUCUUACUAACAUGAAAGGAUUAAGGGAGUUCACCAGUUUUAGCUCUCCUAUUGAGGAAUAUGCAAGACUGGUGUUUGAUCUGGCUCAAAACAUAUCCGAAACAUUAGCCGAGCAUCUUGGCUGUAAAUCCACUACUUUUUUUGUAGAAAAUUGCAAGCCAAGUUCUUGCUAUCUAAGGAUGAACAGAUACCCCCAAUGCCCUAUAUCUUCUAAAGUGUUUGGUUUUGUGCCACAUACUGAUAGUGAUUUCCUCACCAUAUUGUAUCAAGAUCACAUUGGAGGAUUGCAGCUGAUGAGAGAUGGAGAGUGGAUUAGUGUUAAACCUACGCCAGAUGCUUUGAUCAUCAACAUAGGCGAUCUAUUCCAGGCUUGGUGCAAUGGUGUUUACAAGAGCAUAGAACACAGGGUUGUAACCAAUCCAGAGGUUGAAAGGUUCUCUGUGGCAUAUUUUUUCUGUCCUUCCUAUGACACACUCAUUAAGAGUUACAGUGAAAAACAUUCAAUCUACAAGGAAUUUACCUUUGAAGAGUACAGACAGCAAGUUCAGGAGGAUGUUAAGCAUACAGGCAGCAAAAUAGGGCUGCGCAGGUUUCUCAGGUAAACAUAGACAUGGCUUAUAUAUAUAUACACUGCCUUGGAAUGACUUUAAGUUAAUGUGGGUUUGUAUAUAUAUAUAUAUAUAAUGUAGGUGAUGUAGAUUGAGGUUGGUUAAUUAUUUAUUUUUGAAAAAGUAGGAAAACUAUGCAAGUAAGGAAUUUGGAAGUAACACGCAUGCAUGGUAGUCUUGUGGUGUGGAUAUAUAGUCUUUGUGUCGAACCGUUAGUUCAAUGAUUUUGUGUUUGACUUUUAUUAGUGACUCUCGAACUUAUCCGAAGCCUAUUCUAUAUUUAUUCUAAACUUUGAAAGGGUGAGUGCAUUAUGGAAUGUGCUUUACGACUAAAAAUGAAUGUAGUUCAAGAUUACGGUGAAAACACGU